AUGGAGAAUGGGCAGAUUAUGAAUUCUUCUGCAAUACAAGAUAGUUUUAUGAUGAAGACACUUGAUGGAGAAGAGACCUCCAAAAGCCAUAAUGACAUUACUACUAAACGUAUGAAGAACCGUGAACGGCAACGUAGAUACAGGGCCCGAAAACGCCUUGAAGCAGAUAUGAAGAAGGCCUCUGUGACAAACCAGCCAAGACCACCACAAGUAGAAGUGGAACUGUAUAGGCAUCAUAAUAAUUAUAUAACACCUAUUCCUUGUAAAAGAAAUUGGAAAAAAGAUGCAAGAAGAGCUCAUGCUUGUAAGAAUUUGGAAGAAACACAUAAUGCUGCUGUUAUUUCUGCAUUGCCCUUAAAUAUUGAAAGUCAGACUGUCUGCCCUGCCCCUGGAAUAAUGAUGGGGCCACCUCAAGAGAGGAAAAUUCAUUCCAAGAAUUCUGUUAGCUUGUGGAGCAGUGAAACAGGUAAGACCAAGUUUGGUCGAAGAGAUUGGAAGGCAGAGGCAAGAACUUCUGCUAUUACAGAUAGGAUGGGAGACAUCAAGGAUAUAGCCAGCAAGUUAACAAUUGCUGACCGGUGCCACAAUCAAUUUUUGCACGAUGAUCCGACGGUUCCUACCUUGACCCUGGCGAUCAUAAGGAAGGGCGGAACUGAUACUGGUCGUGCACUUCAAGUGACCACCUCUUCUAGGACCUUAUUCACUUCACAUAAUGGUGGGGAUCCAUGUAUCUGA